AUGGGUUUUUUCGGGUUGUAUCAAGGUGCUAGCAAUCACGAGGAGCUGCAUAAUUUGAUGAAAGCAACUGUCAUGAUCCGUAGGUUGAAGAAAGAUGUCCUUUCACAGUUGCCUGUUAAACGUAGACAACAGUUGGAGACUUUGAAGAUCAAAAUUGACUCCUCUGACUCCAAAGAGAUGAUCGACUCUCUCAGAUUUGCUUACCAGAAUAUUGUCAAUAAGAUCUAUACUGAUUCAGCUGUAGCCAAAAUUCCAGCUGUGUUGGAUUUCCUGGGUACUACGAUUGAGGUGAUCACCUGA